UAUUUCUUUUGGUCUCUUGUUGCCAUAUCAUGUUUCGCUUAGGAUUGGCUUCUUGGAGUGGACCAAUACAGAAAAUUCGCCGCAGCUCAGGGAAAAGCAGGAAAGACUUUUGUGAAAACUCAGUUUGUAGUUUUGACCGCAAGUCCUUGAUAAAUCCUCCUAGUGCUGUGCAGAGUUUACAAUACUUUUCUCAGGGAGUUGAAGCGUACAAAGACAAACUGGGUGAAGAAUUUUUGGAACAUAUAAGGAGAGAGUUGGAGUUUAGCGAUCGUUUAGGAGGAUUCCAGUUCAUAGUGGACACUUUUUCCGGACUUUGUGGAUUUGCAAGUGAGCUUUUUUACGGAUUGAAAGACGAAUUUCACUGCAAAGUUCCAUCUAUACUAUUUGGAUGUAGUGCUGAAAAUUCGCACAUCGUUCCAUCGAAGGCUUACAAUGAAGCAAAGUUGCUUCCAUCUCUUUUAGAGAACAAUGUACAUUAUGUACCAUUGCAUUAUUGGAAAGUCCGCAGCACCGAUAGAACAAAAGACAUUUGGCCGAAGUGGGCUCCAGAUCUUGCAGAGUGCUCAAUACAUGGACGAACCUGCACUUUGAGCGCGAUUGCUUUAGAUUGUUUUUAUACAUUACUAAUAGCUCCGGAUGCUGCUACUAAAAAUGUCACUUUAGGUUAUUUUCUACAGUCAAAUAGGCAUUCUACAAUGAGCAGAAUUUCACUAUUGCCACUUUGUUCUACUCAGAGUUCAAACAAAAAAUGGCGAGUACAAAAAUUUAUAACAGAAAGUUUUAUUCAGCGAAAAUCUCCGCCAUUAUAUACUGUUGAGUUGCCAUUUCAAAGAUACACGUCGGAAGAAGAGAAUACCAAAGACAUGGCGAUGUGGAUAGUGCGUGGAACGAAAUGGAGCCAAACAUUACUUUCGGAAAUCAAAGGAACUACACAUUCUUCUCUUCCAGAGAUAAAACAGUUGUUAUUAGAUGCAACAGGUAGACAGGAAGAGUCAUUUAUUCAUACAGAGCCUUUUGGAUUUCGAAGAAUUGUGAAUUCUGUUAGCAACCCAAAUGAAGCAGAAUCGACUCAACCAUCAUUUCGUGAAGGUGGUCCUCUGGAAGUUAUAGGUGAAGUGAGUUCCAACCGUGUUUGGAAUAGCCGAUAUUAUGACAUGGCAAUCAUCCAAUUGAAAAAGUAUCGGAACAGAAAAUAUUUUGAGGAGGCCAAUCUCGACGAUGAAAUCGAGCAGAUGAUAAAGGCAAAGGAUAACUUGGACAACCUGUAAUACUAAUACUGCUUAUACAAAACAAUGAUUAUAUAAACAACCGUUUUAGAGA